AUGGAAGGAAUUCCGAAAGGAUUGGAGUAUUCCCAAGUGGAAAACACGUUCAUGCAAAUCGAAGGUGUGGUCAAGGUACACAAUCUUCGCAUCUGGGCACUCUCGCUGGAUAAAACCGCGCUGUCCGCGCAUCUUGCAAUAAAACCAGGUGCCAGCCCUCACAAUAUACUACGCACUGCCACUAGAAACAUUCACGAUGAGUACAAAUUUUUCGAAAUGACGCUUCAAAUAGAGGAGUUUGACGAACGAAUGGAAAAUUGUAAACAAUGCAAAGCAUUAUCGCAGUAG